AUGUAUCCAAGAAGAUUUCCAGAUCCAAACAAUCAGAUAAUUUAGAAAAUUGAAGACCCCUUUUAACUCCCACUGUUAGAAGUACUCUAUAAGAUCAAAGUAGUUAAUUCUCUUGUUAAAAGUGAACUUCACUUGACUUAUCUAAAUGAAUCUGAUAAAAGCCAGGAGAUAACAUUGGAGACGCCAACAAAUUACGAUCUAGUAAUCUCGAAAUUGAAAAUAAAAAUUGGGGAUAAUGAAAUUGAAGCUCAAAUUUAAGAUAAAGAAAAGGCAAGAGAGAAAUACGAAGAUGCUAUAGCAAGUGGUAAUUAAGCAGGACUAAUGCUAUAUAAGGAUGAUUAGGAAGAUGUGCUUUAACUUAAUCUAGGUAAUGUUUUACCUAAUCAAAUGAUCCAGGUAGAGAUUGAAACACUUGAGAUGACUAAAGCUUUCGAAGGUGCCUAUCAGUUGAAUAUUCCUAAGUCUAUGAUAUUUCUGCUCACUGAAAAUAGGGAUACCAGCAAGUUGAUAGUAGAAAUUGCUACAUCCUCAAAGAUAACGGAACUUUUUUGUCAGAAAACUUUAUAAAUUAGCCAUGAUUAAUAAAAUGAAGAUAGCAGUCAUGUUCUUAUAGAGCUAGAUAAAGGUGUAGAAAUAGCUGAACAAGAUAUUGAUAUAUACUACAGAACUAAUGAUUCAGAUAAACCAAAAGCAUUAUACUAGGUUAAUUAGGACAGAGUUGCACUAAUGUUUUAACUUUUGCCUAGUUUUUUGCCAGAACCCUAAGAAUCUGAUAUCUAAAUAUACCGAGAUGAAUUGCCACAAGAUAUGGAUGUGGACCCAAGACUUCUUAAGAAGUUUUUAGUUGUGUUCCUUGUUGAUAGAAGCGGAUCAAUGAGUGGUGAAAAGAUGAAAAUAACCAAUCAAGCAUUAGUACUCUUUUUGAAGUCUUUGCCAACAAAUAGCACCCUCUUUUAAAUUAUUUCAUUUGGAACGAGGUAUGAUACUAUUAAAUAGGAAAAUGAUGAGGAUAAAAAAAUUGACUGCACUCCUUAUGAAUAUAACCAAGAGAACCUUGACUUUGCUUGCGCUAAGGUUGAAUAAUUUAGUGCUAAUAAGGGUGGAACUAAUAUCUUUGAUCCAUUAAAAGCUGCUUUUGAAAUAUAAAUUCCAGAUGGUUACUCAAAGUAAAUAUUUCUACUUACAGAUGGCUAAAUUUAAGACUCACAGAAGUGCUUUGAAUAAAUUAAAUAAAAGUUAGGGAAACUGACUUAGAUUCAUACUUUUGGUAUUGGAAAUGACUGUGAUACUAGAUUGGUUUCACAAAUAGCAAUGCUUGGUGAUGGUUAAUGCACCAUUUUAAAGAAUCAAGAAAUUCCAUAAUUAAGACAAAAAGUAGUGGCGACUUUAGCUACAUCAAUAUCUCCUAAGUUUAAGAAUAUCAAAUCUGAUCUAAUAAUCUAAUAUCCAAUUUUAAUUAAUAGCUCUAACUUACCUGCUAAUGAUACCACAAUAGCCAGAAGCUAGUUAUUUGCCUAGUUUUACGUAUUAGAUUAGAAGAGCUUUGAUGAAUCUGAUCAAGAUUUAGCUUUUGAAUUAUCUUUCGACGAUCCAUAAAAUAGCUAAUAGACUAAAAUUGUACUUUUUAAAAAGGAUUUUAAGAACUUAGAAGAGGAUGGGUCUUAAAUAGAAAAACUGGCUGCUCAUUUUCACUUGAAAUAACUUGACAGAAAUAAUUUAUUCAAAGAUAUUGUCUAAGUUUCAAUAGAUUAUCAGGUCCUAAGUCAAUAGACAGCAAUGAUAGCAGUCCAUAAAAAUCAAGAUAAAGAUAUGUAGUCUAGUGAAAUGGAGAAAUAAUUGAUUGACCUCGUAAAUAGAGAAAACUAAGAUAGAUUGAGAAUUCUUAGAAGCUAUGAUUAUUCUCAGUAUUUAUAAUUAAACAUGGUUAUAGCACCUUAAGCUUAUGCUCAAACAUCUGCCUUUGCAUAUUAAGGAAACAGUUUUGACAGUUUGUCUAAAACUAAAUGUAAAAAGAGAUCAAUAAACUAAAGAGAUAUAUCAAGAUCUAAUUCAAGAGAUAGAGAUAGAAAUAGAAACAGUGGAUCUCAUAUGUUAUCUUAUUCAUAAACGAAUUAAAGAGGAGGCUUAGGAGGUGCUAUUAGAGGUGGUAGAGGAGGCUUUGCUGGUGCUAUUAGUGGUGGUAGAGGAGGCUUUGCAGGUGCUAUUAGUGGUGGUAGAGGAAGAGGUAGACCAAGACGAAAUACAGGAGGAGGAGCAAUUAAUUUAGAUUUUAUGUGUCAGGAUUAUGAAGAGGAUGAAGAUUUAUCAUAUGAUUAGCACCUAGAAAAUCAUUAGUUUAAGAGAAAUAAAGUAAAAGGGUCCUCAAAUGAAGAAAUUAAAGAUGAAUUUUAAACAAAGAAUAAAGAAUAAACAAUUAAUAAGGAUAGAGAUAGCAUACUUUAACAAAUCUAUAAGGACUAAACAAUAGAUGGCAGAUGGAGAGAAGAAAAAAUUGUUUUCCAAAUGAUGAACAAAUUUGAUACAAACAAGUUUAAAGUCGAAGUUCUAAAAAUCAUUGAGAAUUAAAACAAUGGUCAAAAUGUUAAUGUUGAUCUUAUUUGGGUGACAAUUGCUAUCCUAUUAAUAUUAGCUCAUUCAUACAGUUCUUCAUAAUAAGAGUGGCAACUUAUUGCUAAAAAGGGAAAAACAUUCAUUAAAAAUAAUGGAGUUAAAAACCCAGAUUAAUUAAUCAAAGAACUAUUGUUGGUUUGUUCUUUUGAGAAUUGA